AUGGGGACGCUGUGGCACCACUGGUCUCCUGUGCUCAUCUGCCUGGCCGCCCUGUUCCAAAGGGACCUUGAGCACAGCGUGGAGCACUGUGGCAGAGAGGUGCGGGUGCUAAGGAGAAACACAGAGGUACUAACGCCCGAACUGCGCUUCCUUCCCUCAGUGUCCGAGAGCCGCGGGAUCCUCGACAGCAUCCAGAGGUUCUCCCUGCUGCCCACCUACCUCCCGGUGACCUACCACAUCAACAACGCGGACGUGUCCUUCUUCCUGAAGGAGGCCAACCAGGACAUCAUGAGGAACUCCAGCCUGCAGUCCCGCGUGGAGUCCUUCCUGAUCUACAGAUCCAAGCGGCUGCCCGUGCUGAACGCCAGCUACGGGCCUUUCUCCAUCGAGCAGGUGGUGCCCCAGGACCUGAUGCUGCCUUCCAACCCCUUCGGACUUACCAGCAAGUUCUCCCUCAACUGGAAACUGAAGGCCUACAUCCUGCGGGACAAGAUCUACCUGAGCCGGCCCAAGGUGCAGGCUCUGUUCUACAUCGUGGGCAGAGACUGGGGCGACCACAGCGCCGGGGAGAGGCUGCCCUGCCUGAGGGUCUUCGCCUUCCGGGAGACCAGAGAGGUGAGGGGCAGCUGCCGGCUGCAGGGGGAGCUGGGGCUGUGCGUGGCGGAGCUGGAGCUGCCGCCCGGCUGGUUCAGUCCCCCCACGGUGGUCGCCGGGAGGAAGAAGUUCGUGGACCAGCAGGAGGGCAGCCCCGUGGAGCUCUACUACGCUGUGCAGCCGGGGGACCAGAGAGGGGACUGUGCCGGGGAAGACGUGAGGAGAGGCGGUGGCAUCCGGGCAGGCCACAACGACAUCGACGAGGCCGGGCCCCCUCUGCACAGGAUCGGGAGUGUCUUUCUGUACCAGACCCUCGGCCAGCCUCCCCUGCGCGAGCUGCGACUGGACAGCAACGUGGCCAUCCAUUACGCGCCAAAGGCCGUGAGGCGCGGGGACGUGCUGACUUUUCCCGUUUCCGUCUCCAAAAACUCCACGGAAGACCGCUUCACCUUGAGGGCCAAGGUGAAGAAAGGCGUGAGCAUCGUGGGCGUGCGAGCCAGCAGCCCCUCCAUCUGGGACGUCAGGGAGAGCAGGGACUACACCGGCAAGUAUGCACCAGCUGUCAUCGUGUGCCAGAGGAAAUCGGCUGGCUCGGAGAACAGCGUGGGUGGCGCCUCCCACGAAGUCAUGCAGAUCGACCUAGAAGUAGAGGAGCCCAGUGACCUGCCGGCCACUCAGCUGGUCACGUGGCAGGUGGAGUACCCGGGAGAGAUCACAUCGGACUUGGGCGUGUCCAAGAUCUUCGUGAGCCAGAAGGACCUGAUGGGGAUCAUCCCGCUGGCCAUGGAGGCGGAGAUCCUGAACACGGCCAUCCUCACGGGGAAGACGGUGGUGGUCCCGGUGAAGGUGGUCUCCGUGGAGGAGGACGGCUCGGUGGCCGAGCUGCUGGAGCCCCUGGAGUGCAGAUCGUCCGACGAAGACGUGAUCAAGGUCUCUGACAGGUGCGACUACGUCUUUGUCAACGGGAAGGAGAUGAAAGGCAAGGUGAACGCGGUGGUGAACUUCACCUACCAGCACCUGAGCGCCGCCCUGGAGGUGACGGUGUGGGUGCCGCGGCUGCCCCUGCAGAUCGAGGUCUCGGACGCCGAGCUCAACCAGAUCAAGGGCUGGAGGGUCCCCAUCGUGGCCAGCAAAAGGCCGGCAGGGGACAGUGAGGAAGAGGAGGACGAGGAGAGGAGGGGCCGCGGCUGCACGCUGCAGUACCAGCACGCCAUGGUGCGGGUUUUGACGCAGUUCGUGGCAGAGGCAGCCGACACUGGGGCCCACCUGGCCCACCUGCUGGGCUCCGACUGGCAGGUGGACAUCACGGAGCUGAUCGGCGACUUCAUGCAGGUGGAGGAGCCCAGGAUCGCCACGCUGCAAGGGGGGCAGGUCCUGGUCGGGCAGGAGCUGGGCAUGACCACCAUCCAGAUCCUGUCUCCCCUGUCGGACGCCAUCCUGGCCGAAAAGACCAUCACUGUGCUGGAUGAGAAGGUGACCAUCACGGACCUCGGGGUCCAGCUGGUGACAGGGCUGUCGCUGUCCUUGCAGCUCAGCCCGGGGAGCAACAGGGCCAUCUUCGCCACCGCGGUGGCUCAGGAACUUCUGCAGAAGCCCAAACAGGAGGCCGCCAUCAGUUGCUGGGUCCAGUUCAGUGACGGCGCAGUCACGCCCUUGGAUAUCUACGACGGGAAAGACUUCUCCCUGGUGGCCGCGUCCUUGGACGAGAAGGUGGUCUCCAUCCACCAAGACCCCAGACUCAAGUGGCCUGUCAUCGCCGCCGAGACGGAAGGCCAGGGCGCCCUGGUGAAGGUGGAAAUGGUAAUCAGCGAGUCCUGCCAGAAAUCCAAGCGCAAGAGCGUGCUGGCCGUCGGGACGGCAAACAUCAAAGUGAAAUUCGGCCAGAACGACGCCAACCCCAACGCCAGCGACACCAGGCACCCUGGCGCGGGCCAGGUUCACCUGGGGAACGAGGUCGGCGAGCGCAGACCCAAACAGCCCUUGCAGGGGUGGGAGAGCCCGGAAGGAAGGUUCUACAGCAGCUCUUCCUCCGUGGGACUCUUGGAAGGGAGGGGCCCGGCCACGGAGAGGCCGCCCUUGCGGAAGAAGGGCCAGGGGGGCUUCUUGGACGGUGAGGGCCACCUGCAGACCCUCCCCAUCGACCUCACCAGCUUCCCAGCCCAGGUGGAGCUGCCCAGGGGCACGGGGGGGCUGGAUGAGAACGACCUCAUGCAGGCCUCCAAGGGGCUGAGCGACCUGGAGAUCGGCAUGUAUGCGCUGCUGGGCGUCUUCUGCCUGGCCAUCCUGGUCUUCCUGGUCAACUGCGCCGCCUUCGCCUUGAAGUACAGGCACAAGCAGGUGCCCUUCGAGGAGCAGGAGGGCCUGAGCCACUCCCACGACUGGCUGGGGCUGAGCAACCGGACAGAGCUGCUGGAGAGCCACGUGAACUUCACGUCUUCCCAAGAGGAGCAGAUCACGGCCAUCGACAGGGGCGUGGACUUCGAGGAGAGCAAGUUCCUCCUCAGCACGGACUCCCAGAAGAGCAUCAACGGGCAGCUGUUCAAGCCGCUGGGAGCCACCGCCACGGACGGGAAAGAGCCGAAAAGCGAGCCCCCGGCAUCCCCUACCUCAAAACGGAAAAGGGUGAAGUUCACCACCUUCGCCGCCGCCCCCGAGGACGACACCUGCCCCGCCAGGGACCCUGGGGCGGCGAGGGGCGGCGGCGGUGACGACAUUAAGUGGGUCUGCCGGGACCUGGAGCCCGGGGGCUGUGCGGAGCUGCAUGGCUACAUGGAGCGGUUACACGAAAGCGUGUGAGCCGGACACGCAGGGACACCUGUUCUCACUCACCUUUCAGCCUUUAAUUCCAGGAUGUGUAGCCACGGCGCGCCCGGGACAGAAACGGGACGGCGGGACGAGACGAGGGCGACCCUGUCCAUGCAGCCUCAGAAAACAACCCCUGCUCGGCCGGCGGGGGUGGGUGCGGAAGGGGGCCCCCCGAGUCAGCACGGGCACCCGCAUCCCAGCGUAGGACAUCUUGCUUAAAAGCCCAGGGGUGUGUGCCACGUGGCAAGAUUGUUAAAACUUGGGACAAAAAGGAGAUCUGAGUCCCCUCGCCUCUGAGAGUCUCCGGGGGAGGGGGACAGCCUCUCUCUUGCUGCCUCUCGCUGAGCAAAGCGAUCUGGACACUGUAACGUCCACGUGGCCCCAACAUCCCGUCGCAAAACGGCGGGAGGAAAGCGCGAUUCGGGCUGGGCGCGGCGUGGAUCGAAGGGAGGGAGCGUGCCAUGCGCCCUGCAGCGGCAGGUGACCACCGGCCAUCUCCCGCCCAGGCGGCUCCAGGAGGCGUGGCUGCCAGUCACUGCCUCUCAAAGACCGGGGCGGGGCCUCACCGGGUCAUCGGCCGAGCGAGGCAGUUGCUGACCAGGCCUGAAAGAGGACAAGUGACAAAAUACCUUUGUAACUACAUGCCAAGACCAAACACUCACACACACACACACACACACCCUCUGAGCAGCUCAGAGCGUUUCUUUAAUUUGUAAACUAAGGAUACUGGGCAUAGGAUUUCAGUCAGGUUCAAAGAACCCAGGCUCUUUCUAGCAAGUUCCCCGUGUUUAAGUUUGCAUUCCUCCACUGUGUGGCCACCUUUCCAAAAGCUGUCAGUCAUCUGCAGGUGAGGGUGGGGGACUGGGGGAGGGGAAAGUUUCCAGUAUUCCCUGAGUCCCCUCCCCCCACCGCGGGCUUUGUGUCAACUCCCAGGUGAUGGUGCACGCCGCCCAUCUUUGACGAGCCUGGUUUUUGGGGCUCGCUGGGGGGGCAGUAUUCAUGGGGGUUCAGCACCAGGGGGUGUCCCUUCCUCACCUUUCCAGACAGACGACAGGGCUGUUUUGCGAUGGCUCUGUCACCAUUUGUGGUGGGUCUCCUGUCCAAGAAUUUACUCUCCAGGCUGUUGAGACAAAAUCCAGGUGUGUGUGUGGAAGGUGCCUGGGGAGCUGGGAGCUGGGGUGUGCGGGCGGGGAGGGGGGUGGAUCCGGCGGAAAGCCUGGGCCCCGCCCUCCCGACACACACCGGGACAGCACAGGGGGCUGCUUCGCCUCAGAGCUGGGAGGGACGUGAGGCACAAUGGCAGGGAGUGGGCGUGCAGGUUGUGUGAGCACCUGGCCCUAAAGGCAGCCCGGGAGGCGUGAGGUUGCUUAAGAUUGACAUGACUCUGAGGAUCUCCCCAAUCCCCCAGAUGCGAAGCCCAGGAAGCUGGAGGGGGAGGGGAGAUUGGAGGAUUCUUACCCGUCUCGUGCUGGCUCCAAGGCAGAGAAGAGGGUGGGUGGGAUAAUGGCCAACGUGACAUUGUCCUGGGAGAGAAGGUGCCGGGGACGGGGAGCCAGAGGGGCCGGGCAGUAAGAUCAGUCUCUCUCACUCCCUUUCUUCCUUCUCCUCCUUCUUUCUGCUUCUUCUUCUUCCUUCCUUCUUCUUCUUCCUUCU